GCGGAGGCUUAGAGGCUGGGCGGGACAGAACGAAACCCCGGGGUCCAAGCUCCAGCGCCCAAGCUCCAGCCCCAGCCCGCCCGCCUCCGGGACAGCAACUCCCCGCCUAGUCCCAGGCUGCAGCGCGGGCUGGUCCAGCCUCCGCUCCGGUGCCCGUGCUGUGACCUGCAUCCCGGGAGUCCGGCUCCAGCUGCGGCGACGCGGCAGGUGCCGCCUCCUUUUGUGGUCGUGGUCACCAUGUUCUCCUGCGUAAAAGCCUAUGAGGACCAGAACUACUCAGCACUGAAGCGGGCCUGUCUGCGCAGGAAGGUGCUCUUUGAGGACCCGCACUUCCCGGCCACUGACGACUCGCUCUACUAUAAGAGUACCCCAGGGCCCGCAGUCAGGUGGAAGCGGCCUAAGGAUAUCUGCGAUGAUCCCCGCCUCUUUGUAGAUGGCAUCAGCUCCCAUGACCUGCACCAGGGCCAGGUGGGCAACUGCUGGUUUGUGGCCGCCUGCUCGUCACUGGCCUCCCGAGAGUCCCUCUGGCAAAAGGUCAUCCCAGACUGGAAGGGGCAGGAAUGGGACCCUGAGAAGCCUGAUACCUAUGCCGGCAUCUUCCAUUUCCACUUCUGGCGCUUCGGGGAGUGGGUGGACGUGGUCAUCGAUGACAGGCUGCCCACAGUCAACAACCAGCUCAUUUACUGCCACUCCAACUCCAGAAAUGAGUUCUGGUGUGCCCUGGUGGAGAAGGCCUAUGCCAAGCUGGCAGGCUGUUACCAGGCCCUGGACGGCGGCAACACGGCAGAUGCACUAGUAGAUUUCACGGGCGGUGUUUCCGAACCCAUCGACCUGACUGAGGGGGACUUUGCCAACGACGAGGCCAAGAGGAAUCAGCUCUUUGAACGGGUGUUGAAGGUGCACAGCAGAGGCGGCCUCAUCAGUGCCUCCAUCAAGCAUCCCAGCUCGGAAGAGUGGAAGAAAGUGAGCAAGGGUGAGCGGGAGAAGAUGGGCGUGACCGUGGAAGACGAUGGCGAGUUUUGGAUGACCUUCGAGGACGUGUGCCGGUACUUUACCGACAUCAUUAAGUGCCGCCUCCUUAACACAUCCUACCUGAGCAUCCAUAAGACGUGGGAGGAGGCCCGGCUGCGUGGCGCCUGGACGAGGCAUGAGGACCCGCAGCAGAACCGCAGCGGAGGCUGCAUCAACCAUAAGGACACUUUCUUCCAGAACCCUCAGUACAUAUUUGAAGUCAAGAAGCCAGAAGAUGAAGUUCUGAUCUGCAUUCAGCAGCGGCCCAAGCGGUCAACUCGCCGAGAGGGCAAAGGCGAGAACCUGGCCAUCGGCUUCGACAUCUAUAAGGUGGAAGAGAACCGCCAGUACCGUAUGCACAGCCUGCAGCACAAGGCCGCCAGCUCCAUCUACAUCAACUCGCGUAGCGUCUUCUUGCGGACGGAGCAGCCCGAGGGACGCUACGUCAUCAUCCCCACCACCUUCGAGCCGGGCCACACUGGCGAGUUCCUGCUCCGAGUCUUCACAGACGUUCCCUCCAACUGCCGGGAGCUGCGCCUGGAUGAGCCCCCCCGUACCUGUUGGAGCUCCCUGUGUGGCUACCCUCAGCAAGUGACCCAGGUCCACGUCCUAGGGGCUGCUGGCCUCAAGGAUUCCCCGACAGGGGCAAACUCAUACGUGAUCAUUAAGUGUGAGGGUGAGAAGGUCCGCUCGGCCGUGCAGAGAGGGACCUCGACCCCGGAAUACAAUGUGAAAGGCGUCUUCUAUCGCAAGAAGCUGGCUCAGCCCAUCACCGUGCAGAUCUGGAACCACCGAGUUCUGAAGGAUGAAUUCCUGGGCCAGGUGUGCCUGAAGACGGACCCGGAAGACCUGCAGGCCCUCCACACCCUCCACCUCCAGGACCGCAGUCGCCGGCAGCCCAGCGACUUGCCCGGCACCGUGGCUGUGCACGUCCUCAGCAGCGCCUCUCUCACGGCCGUGUGACACCCGCCCGCUUGCCCGGCCACGCUAGUUCUCACCAGUCCUUGCAUGUCGGCACCUGGCCUGGGACCAGCCCGGGAACCAGACACGGGGGGGCCCUUUCCCCACUCCUCCACUGACCAACUGCGUGACCUGAGGAGAGCCCUGCCCCUCUCCGAGCCUCGGUGUUUGGAGGACAUCUUCUUGCCUAAGAUUUCGAGUAGCUCUCUCUACCCAGUGGGCUCUGAUGCUAAGGGGCCAUCUGUCGAAAAUGUUUCCCCAGGCCCUGUCUGCCGAGGAGUGCCAAGAUGUCACUUGUUUACACACAAACUGCCAUGUCCCGAGCCCUCCCCUCCCCGCUCCUCCCCUUUCCUGUUUUCUAGCUCCCCUUCCAGAUCUUUACUCUAUAGCAGCGUAAGGUAACCUUAAUCUUCUUAUCUUCCUGCCAACUUUCACAGUGGUGAGAUUAUAGGCAUGUACCACUACACCACUACACCAGUUUAUAUGGUGCUGGGUCUUGAACCUAGGGUUUGGUGUAUGCUAGGCAGGCACUCUAUCAACUGAGCUACAUCUCCGGUCCCAUUACACCUCUUUUUAUAAGCUGUUUUGAAGGAGCCCUUAGUGGGCAUCAGCCGGGACGUAUGCAGGAGGCAUUGGCUCCUUGUCUAAUACCCUGUCCCAUUUAGCUACUCAACAUAGAUUUGCCCAAUUAGCCCAAAGAGCCGCCCUAGGCUUCCCUAUCUUCAGGUCUUCUCAGAGGUAGACACCCCCUGACUUCACCCCCAUCUCUUACAGAGCUAUGGCCACACCCCUGAGAAAGUGUUAUUCCCCAGCCUCUGCCUGUGAUGUUGGAAAGAGUGGCUUGGGUCAGGCAGGUGGACGGAGGAAUCUGGGAGACCCUAGGGGGACACACACUGCCUCUGUUGGAGGACCUGGGGGGGGGUUCUCAGGAAAGGGCUCCAGGAGCCAGGGUGGAUGGUGCCAGGCCUUCAGGGUGAUGUCAUCUGUUGGGUGUCACAGGCAGGGACUCGCCUGUCCUGUCCAGAGACCUCUGUACCAGCAUCCCCCAGACAGCAAGGAGGCCACCAUGCUCUUGCUGUGCAAACCACCAAUAUCCCUUUCAGUCAUCAACGUUUGAUAGUCUCAGCACCUAAAAAAACAAAACUCCGUGUAAAGGGAAGUCUACCCCUACCCGCUGUUCUUUCUAAAACUCAUUUUGUUGGUCCUCGGCUUUUAUUUUUGACAUUGAGUGUGAAGAGUCACGGGUGAAGUGGGACCUGUGCAGAGGAGUCCCAGAGGAAGAUGGAGAAGAGCGUGCUGGUUCCUGGGCAUCCUCAGGCUGGUCCAGAGUGCCUUUCUGAGGGGGCUCUUGUUCAGACUGGUGCUGUGGCUCACAGGGUCCCUCCUGUGCCCUCCUUGGGCUUCCAGACCAGGCUUAGAAGAUUAGGUCAACAGCAGCAAUCCCUUUUGGGAGUGUGACUUUCUGUCUCUGGUCCCUAGUAUGUGAUCCUCUUCCCGGCUGGAAGGGCUGGAUUCUGACUGCCGUCUUGUUCCUCGAUAGCUCUGCUCUUAGCCUGAGACGCAGGCCAUGGGAAGGGCUAGGCAGCGAAAUAAAGAUCAGAGAAUUCCUCCUGCACAGUUGGGGCUUCCCUUCAAAGACCUGGGCCUGGAUUGUGCAUGCCACCACGAGCAAGCACUUAAACCUCCUGUGCCUCAAUUCCUCCCUCUGCAGCGUGAGGCCCGUGACUCCUUUUGUGGGGACUCUUAAAAGAGUAAGAGAGAGGUCACACCACUUCCGCACUACUGCAUGUCUCUGUAUCGUACGCUCCACAUGUUCAAAUAACCACUUCUCAAUGGCUACUGCACACAAAGACUGCCGUCAGGAAUGGAGGAGGAAGCACCUGCUAUGCUGUCUUGGGUCUUAGGGCCCGGCAUGUGGGUCUUAGCUCAGCCAUAUCCCUCCGAGGCACAGGGCAAACCAGAACCAAGAAGUGAACUUGUUUAAGCUUCUCCUGGUGAUGAGCCACUCACUGCCUGCCGCCUCCAGCAGAACCAGAACCGGGCCAGAAGCCCUGCCCUUGCUUCCUCCCUCUCAGGCUAGGCCAGGCUGGCUCCUGGCUGUGCAGGGACCUCUGGUCCCCAGGAAGCCGUGAGGACUGGACGGGGUGAGGACAGUGUCGAGCAGGGAGAGCAGUGGCUUUGUCACCCUGUGCACCCGGGAGGCUCCAGUGUGCCUGUUGCAGGUGCUCAACCCUGCAGCCCACACUUACAGGGACCACCAGGACCUGGCCUUCCUUCCUCCAGGUCACCGCCCCCUGGGGUCAAGGGCAUGUUAUCUUCUCAGAAUAAAUAUUGGCUGCCACUCUUGAAAGACC